AUGAGCCACGAGCCACGAGCCAUGGCGGACGAUGGAAUGCUUCUGAACUUCUCCACCACUGAGGCUGCCCCAAUCUAUCAAUAUCAGCCCAAAUUCAGAGGAGGGUCAUGGAAGGAGCGCUUGCUCGUUCAGCGAGUGGCACGAUACCGACAGAAGCGCAAGACUUCUGAGCAGAGUACGCCAGCUGCCCGCAAGGGAGAAGACAAUGAACGGCAGAAUAACCCUUUACCGCCACAGAAGGAAUCCGAAUAUUCCCAAAGCCGACCAGUAAAGCGACGACGAGAAAAUGGAGACUUCACCCCCGUCUCAAGCGAAACUACUGUCAACAGACACACCAGUGCUGUCCAAGACCGCUCGGUGUCGCGCAAACCAUCCCAGUCUCGCGAGGUGAUUUCGUCGUUGUUCUCCUACAAUCCCAAGUCGGCCACUGCACCUGAGCAGCCCUUGGAGCCUAUAAAUGACAUUCCGACACAACCCUCGAAUGCGCCAUUAGUUGAUGGUGCCGACACAUUCACCUCCUUGGGGCUCUCUAAUGUCCUGGCCAAUCACCUCAUCACCAAAAUGCAGCUGAAGAAGCCUACCGCCAUACAGAAAAGCUCGGUAAUACAGUUGCUGCAGGAAGACUCGGACGCAUUCAUACAGUCCGAAACGGGUUCUGGCAAGACCCUUGCAUAUCUGCUUCCCUUGGUCCAGAGGAUGAUGUCUCUUUCGGCUUCGAAGACUGGAGUUGAGAAACAGGUCAACGGGAAUGGCGCAGUACACCGUGAUUCUGGACUCUUUGCUAUCAUCCUUGCGCCGACCAGGGAAUUGUGCAAGCAGAUCUCGGUUGUGCUCGAACGGCUGUUAGGAUGCGCACAUUGGCUUGUUGCAGGAGCCGUCAUUGGAGGUGAAAAGAAGAAAUCCGAGAAGGCCCGACUACGCAAAGGAUUAAACAUUCUUCUUGCUACGCCCGGUCGAUUGGCUGAUCACCUGGAAAAUACAAAGGUGCUUGACGUCAGCAAUGUACGAUGGUUGGUGCUGGACGAGGGAGACAGGUUGGUCGAUCUAGGGUUCGAGGAGGAGAUUCAGAAGAUUGUCAAGAAACUGGAUGAGGGGCGGAGAGACAGCAACAUUGUUGGGCUACCACGGAAACGUACAACUGUGCUCUGCUCAGCAACAAUGAAGAUGAAUGUCCAGCGUCUGGGAGAAAUCAGUCUCAAAGAUGCUGCACUGAUCAAGCCAGAUGUAGACUCAGACGACAAAAGCCCCGAGUCUGCCACGAGGCCGCAAUCAACGUUCUACGCACCAGCUCAACUGAAACAAUCAUACACCGUCGUCGCCGCCAAACUCCGUCUGGUCACCCUGACGGCUCUUCUCAAACGCACCUUUGCCCGGAAAGGUUCCGUCAUGAAGGCAAUUGUAUUCCUCUCCUGCGCCGACUCUGUCGACUUCCACUACGAUGUCUUCACCCGCCCGCUUGCCCAAGAGCAGGAUGACACAUCCACCCAGGGUCCUUCUCUACCCUCAACACUUCCCAACUCCGAGAUCCCUUACGCCGUUUCUCCCCACCUAUCUCCCUCAACCUCAACCACGAAACCCACCCAACCUCUAACCAUCUUCAAACUCCACGGCUCCCUCCCCCAACAAGCCCGCACCACCAUCCUCCGUACCUUCACCGCCUCCACAACACCGUCCCUCCUUCUCGCCACCGACGUCGCCUCCCGGGGCCUCGACCUGCCCAACCUAGACCUAGUCAUCGAAUACGACCCUCCCUUCAGCUCAGACGACCACCUCCACCGCAUUGGUCGAACCGCGCGUCUCGGCCGCGACGGCCGCGCCGUUAUAUUCCUCCUGCCCGGCAGCGAGGAAGGGUACGUCUCCAUCCUCCGAAGCGCAUAUCAUCCUUCUACCUCUCUCGACGGCGUAAAUCUAAACGCCAAUGUGACGCACACGCCCUGCAAUGAGAUCUUGAAACGCGGCUUCUCCCCUACAGGCGGCAUCAUCGGCACCAGUUCCAACAAACCCUCCAAGACCGCCCCAAGUCCUUCUGUCCUCGAUUCCGACCUUACGAAAGACUUGGCGAACUGGGAAGCCCAAGCAACAGCCCACCAGCUCGACGUCGAGCGCUGGGUUCUCGCUUCGCCGCAUAACACGGACAAGGCGCGCAAGGCGUUCCAGAGCCACGUCAGGGCCUACGCUACGCAUGUUCAGGCCGAGAGGAAGUAUUUCGACAUCAAGGAGCUGCAUCUGGGUCAUUUGGCUAAGGCGUUUGGAUUGAGAGAGGCGCCUGGGAGUCUGAAUGUUCAGGGGAUGAGGGGGAAGAAGAUGAGACGAGGUGGUAACGAGAUGCAGGGCGGCGGGAGGGGUAUCAGGGAUGGUGGUGGUGGUGGUGGAGGGGAGGGGAAAGUGGGGGAGGUGGAUGAGGCGGCGCAGAAGAUGAGGAGGAAGAUGAGGGAGAUGGGCAGAUUGGGUGCGGUGGGUGGAGCCGGGGAGUUUAACAUUGCUUGA